AUGGGCUUCUCGGCUGCGGCCCGGCUGUGGGGCCCGCCGGGGCUGCUCCUGACCUUCGUCCUGCACCCGGCUCUGUGCCUGCGCCCAGCCCAGACCUCGGCGCCCCGUCACCGGGACUACUGCGUCCUGGGCGCGGGGCCCGCGGGCCUGCAGAUGGCCUACUUCCUGCAGCGGGCCGGGAGGGACUACGCGGUGUUCGAGCGCGCCCCGCGGCCCGGCAGCUUCUUCACGCGCUACCCGCGCCACCGCAAGCUCAUCAGCAUCAACAAGCGGCACACGGGCAAGGCCAACGCCGAGUUCAAUCUGCGCCACGACUGGAACUCUCUGCUCAGCCACGACCCCCGGCUGCUCUUCAGACACUACUCCCGCGCCUACUUCCCCGACGCGGGCGACAUGGUGCGCUACCUGGACGACUUCGCAGACCGGCUGGGGCUCCACGUGCUGUACAACACAACCAUUGCCCACGUCACUCUGAACAAGGACCGGCAGGCCUGGAACGGCCAUUACUUCAUCCUGACCGACGGGAUGGGUCACGCACACCGGUGCAGUGUGCUUCUUGUGGCCACCGGUUUGUCAGUCCCCAACCAGGUUGACUUCCCUGGCUCUGAAUAUGUAGAGGGGUACGAGUCUGUGUCCGUGGACCCCAAGGACUUCGAGGGUCAGAAUGUGCUGAUCCUGGGGCGUGGGAACUCUGCCUUUGAGACAGCAGAGAACAUCUUGGGUGUCACCAACUUUAUCCACAUGCUGAGCCGCUCCCGGGUCCGACUGUCAUGGGCCACCCACUACGUAGGAGACCUCAGGGCCAUCAACAAUGGCCUGCUGGACACCUACCAGCUGAAGUCCUUGGAUGGGUUGCUUGAGUCCGACCUGACGGAUCUGGCUGUCGUGAAGGACCGCGAGGGCAAAUUCCACGUCACCCUGAAGUUCUUCCUGGAGGAAGGCAACCAGAGUGCCGACGCCAUCACCCUCCCCCAGGACGACAGCGACAACUUUGCCAUGCGCGUGGCCUACGACCGGGUCAUCCGCUGCCUGGGCUGGAACUUCGACUUCUCCAUUUUCAACAAGUCCCUCCGACUGUCUUCUGGGGGUGAGUUCAGCAAGAAGUACCCGCUGGUCAAAGCUAGCUAUGAGUCCAAAGGAAGCCGGGGCCUCUUUGUGCUGGGCACCGCCAGCCACUCUGUGGAUUACCGGAAGUCUGCCGGGGGCUUCAUUCAUGGAUUCCGAUACACAGUGCGUGCUGUUCACCGCCUGCUGGAGCAUCGCCACCACAGCGUCGCUUGGCCCUCCACCCAGCACCCCAUCUCACAGCUGACCAGUUCCAUCGUCCGGCGCGUGAACGAGGCUUCUGGGCUCUACCAGAUGUUCGGUGUGCUGGCCGACGUUGUCCUGUUGAAGGAGAACGCCACGGCAUUUGAGUACCUGGAGGAGUUCCCCAUGCAGAUGCUGGCCCAGCUGGAGACCAUUACAGGAAGGAAGGCCAGGCAUGGGCUCUUCGUCAUCAACAUGGAGUACGGCAGAAACUUCUCUGGCCCCGACAAGGACGUGUUCUUUUAUGACCGGUCUGUGGGGCACACGGAAGACGCCUGGCAGUCUAACUUCCUCCAUCCCGUCAUCUACUACUACAGGCACCUCCCCACCGAGCAGGAGGUGAGGUUCCGCCCUGCUGACUGGGCCCUGCCUCGGCCCACCGCCAUCCACCACAUUGUGGAAGAUUUCUUGACAGACUGGACCGCCCCGGUGGGGCACAUCCUACCUCUGAGGCGCUUCCUGGAGAACUGUUUGGACACCGAUUUACGAAGCUUCUAUGCAGAAUCCUGCUUCCUAUUCACCCUAACACACCAGAAGCUGCCGCCCUUCUGCCAGCAGGGGUACCUGAGAAUGCAGGGGCUCCUGGGGACUGAGAGCCUCUGGCGGCACGGAGUGGAGAGCGGGCUCCUCCGGGACUACACCAUUGUGGGCAGGCGCCGUGAGGACCAGGGCCAGGGGCCACUAAGUAGCUCCCAGGCCCCAGGGCCUCCGGUCCAGCCCCUCGACAGCAACAAGGAGGAGCUGUGACCGCCAGGUGGCUCCCAGCCAGCCCUCUGUUCCACCGACGCAUGGUUACCAGAGACCACUCAGAUCAUCACGGUGACCAAGGCCACUCUGAGGGGUGGCCAUGCAGUGGUCUCCCCUCUGGUCUGGUCCUUGGAUGCCUGGGAGGCGGGAUCCUGAGAAGGGUAUCCUCCGCCAGGUGGGAGCCGCCUUCCACAGCCAGGCUUGUCUGCAAGUGAACUGUCACUGGGCACCAGGCUGGCUCGGUUCUGUCCCCAUCAAGUGCCCAGCGGUCCCAUUUCCUUCGGGUCUACUCGUCGGAUGAACCGGGCGGACCCUGUCACAGGUGGCACUGUCCUCAUUGUCAAAGGGUUCGUGGCAGGCACUUUAAACCUAAGCGCUAACAUCCUCAACCCUCUGGGGCGGGUGGGACUGUUGCCUCUGAUGAAGACAUCAGCUCAGAGAGCUUAUUUGACCCCAGACUCCCUGUCUGGGUCCCCUGAGGCCUGGGCCACUCUGCCUCAGCCUGCCCCCACCUCAGUUUCCAGAACCCAGGCUGGGCCAGCCCAGCUUAUCAUCACAGGCCCGGCUGCCGUCACCAGGCAGAGACGGGACAAGCUCCUGCAAAGCCACCUUAUCUGCGCGGGUUUCUGCCUGAGCAGCAGGACUCAGAGCUGCACCCGCCCCAAGACGGCACUCCUUGACGUAUCUCCAGCAUCUGUGUCUUCUCUCUCCUCCCCAGCACCUUCCCUUUGCCCUGCUCCUGCCCUCUGAACUCCUGAACGACACCUUGCCUCUGGUCUGCCUGAGCAAGUUCUGUAAAACUGUCCCCAUGUUUGCAGGGAGGAUUCUUUCCAAGGGGAUUGAUGUGCUGUUUGUACAGGGAGCCUGGCUCAGCGUGUGCAAGGCGGCACUUCUGACUGCAUUUGUGUGACAACGACAAUGCCCUCAGUC